AUGGGAUAUAAAUGUGGCAAAUGGGAAUUUUAUUCUGCUGUAAGAAAUAAUAACAUUGAAUUAGUAAAGUAUUUACAUGAAUUAGGGUAUAGAGGAGACGAAUGUGCAAUUAAUAUUGCUGCUGGAAAUGGUCAUCUUGAAGUAAUUAAAUAUUUACAUGAAUUAGGGUAUAGAGGAGACAAACAGGCAAUUAAUGAUGCUGCUAAAAAUGGUCAUCUUGAAGUAAUUAAAUAUUUACAUGAAUUAGGGUAUAAAGGUACAGAAGUUGCUUUUGAAAAUGCUGCUGGAAAUGGUCAUCUUGAAGUAAUUAAAUAUUUACAUGAAUUAGGGUAUAGAGGAGACAAAUGGGCAAUUAAUGAUGCUGCUAAAAAUGCAAUUAAUCGCGCUAUAGAAAAUGGUAACCUUGAACAAGUAAAAUAUUUGCAUAAAUUAAAGUAUUAUUAUGAAGAAUUAGCAAUUAAUUAUGCUACUGAAAAUUAUGACUUUGAAUUAGAGCAACAAUUAUAUAAAUUUAGGUAUAAAUAUGAAAAAUGUGCAAUUAGUUCUGCUGCUAUAAACGGUCACUUUGAAGUAGUAAAAUAUUUACUUGAAAUAGGAUAUAAAGGUGAUAAAUUAGCAAUUAGUUAUGCUGCUAUAAAUAACCACUUUGAAAUAUUAAAAUAUUUACAUGAAUUAGAGUAUGAAUGUUACGAUUGGACAAUUGAUUGUGUUGCUAAAAAUGGUCAUCUUGAAAUAUUAAAAUAUUUACAUGAAUUAGGAUAUAAAGGUACAGAAGAUGCAGUAGAUAAAGCUGCUAGAAAUGGUCACAUUGAAGUAGUAAAAUAUUUACAUGAAUUAGGGUAUAAAGGAACAAAAGAUGCAAUAGAUAAAGCUGCAGAAAAUGGUCACCUUGAAAUGUGUGAAACUUUAUUAAAGGCUUUUGCUAAGUCAAACUAUGUAACAUCUACUGAAGUCUAA